AUGUCACGACCCCCAACCUCGGCACCGUUGAUGCCCCAGCUGUCGAACCGACCCGUUCUGCCACCGCGGUUCACGCUCUCAUCCUCCGCAGCGGCUGUGCCGCCCUUGACGCCGCUCGCGAAUCCGCACGAGUACGGCACCCGCCAAGCGCUCUACACGACCUACCCGGCCCGGAUGCGACUCGGUACGAGUUCGCUGAUGCAACCCUCCGCCGCGCCCAGCUCGAACCAGAACGGCAACGGCAGCAACGGCAAUCAGCCGAGCUCGUCCUCGCGCGCCGUCUCCCCUCCUCUGGCCGGGAUCGUGCUCGGCAAACGCACGAGGGCACCCGUCAACUAUGCCGAGAUGACCGGCUUCGACCUCACCGCCGCCGGCAACGGUCGACCGUCACUCGCGCCGUCGAGCUCGAGCAACGAUCUCCUGCGCGCCAGUUCGGACGGACCGGAUCCAGCCGGCGCAGGCAACCUCGCGUCGACGACCGGCAACAACACCGCCGCGACCACGACCUCGACCACGAAUGCCAAAGCCGUCGUGUGGGGGGAUGGCAAGUCCUACCUCGGCACACUGCCCCCGGGGAACUUGGUCAUCGUACAGCCCGCCAAGAUGACUCGCCAUGGCGCAUUGUGAGUGUCAAUAUCGGGUCUAUGCCAGCCCCGCCCCCCAAGACUGACCUGAUUGACGUUCCCGUUCUCAGCUCCGAGGAUCAGUUGGAGGACCAGGCGGAGCAACAGGCCGUGUUCGUGCCGAUACAGAUCGAUCUCGAAGUUGACACGUUCAGGAUCAGGGACUCGUUCGUAUGGAACAUCAACGGUAAGCUCAGCCAUCUUCUCCUGCCGGAGCGCUUCUUCAACCCUCGUGCCCAACUCACGCCUCUACCGUACGACCUCAGAAAAACUCAUCACGCCCGAAUCCUUCGCUCGGAUAUUCUGCGACGACCUCGACAUCCCGCCUUCGUGCGCAUCCGAAGUCGCGAGGCAGAUCAAGGAGCAGUGCGGUGAGCAAAUGGGCGUCGCCGAGAUCCCCGUCCGCGCGGCCGAAGAUGAACUCGCCGAGAUCGAAAAGGAUCUUCGCGUCAUCUUGCAUGUGAGUAGAACAUAUAAUCCAAAUCCAGGAAAGAAACGAUGACGCCUGAUCCCUCGAAUUCCUUUGAAUUUGUCUCCCCAGCUCAACGUCAUGGUCGGCACUCUGCACCUCGUCGACCGCAUCGAAUGGGACCUCUCAUCGUCCCUCACGCCCGAACUCUUCGCCUCCGUCCUAGUUCGCGACAUCUCCCUCCCCUCCUCCGCCUCCCCCCUCAUCGCCACAGCGAUCUACGAAGAACUGCACCGGCUCAAGAAAGAUUGUCUCCAAAUGGGUUUGAUCGGGGAUGAAGAAGGUGGCGUUCCUAGACGUCGUGGUCCUAGACCUUUGGAAGGCGUUUGGAGGGAUUGGAACGAGACGAAGGAUUUCGGUCCGAGCGUCGAGAUUUUGACGUUGGACGAGAUGGAUAAGAAGGAGGCUGAGAGGGAUAGGGCCCUGAGGUACGUACCCUUUGCUCGUUCUUGGUCACGUGGGGUUUGUUUGUUUUUUUGGCAAGAGUGGAGGUACUGACUUCUAUCUAUUUUUGGUUGAUGCAGACGAGCCAAGAGGGACAAGAUGACGGGUGCGAGAACGACGGGUCGGCGGAGAUAG